AGCUGUGAAUCGCAUCAAUGACUAUCAGUCUCCUCCCGAAAUGUUUUGCUAUGCUGAAAGGGAACAGACAUAGUGAACUGCUCGAACUACCUUCUCUUCCGCUUGAUAAGGAAAUUCCAAGGUACGUAUUUGAAAGAAGAGGAGCAAUAUCCUUAGGACUGCCAACUUCUCCAAAAGCUAAGAAAAACGCGUGUGGUGACGGACCUCGUCCUCGUCUGAUGCGUCGUGGAGGUGUCUCUGUUGAUGUUGAAGAUGUUGAAGCGAAGUAUCUCAGACUCCUUGGAGACACAGAACAAGCAACAAGGAAGAACAGUACCAUAACCCAGUUCACCGUCAAAACUUCUCUCAAAGAUCUAAGAAGGAUGCAGUCUACAGAGAGCAGUGCGGCGGACCCGAGCAUGGGGGCUUACGCGGGGCGCUUCAAACGCAAAAUGUCAGCACCCACCGUUACCCGACACCGACUCUGCAACGAUGGUCUAGUGGAAUGGAGUCAACUCAACAGAAUUGGUUUCUGGGACUUCGACACACUUUCCAUAGCCAGAAUAACGAAAGGAAGAUGCCUGUUUUACAUUGGAUUCCAGCUCCUGAUAAAACACGACCUAUUCGAAGAAUUUAACCUUGAUGUUAUGUCAGUCUUGAAAUUUCUAAACCUGUUAGAACAGCACUACGAACCAGAGAACCCGUUCCACAACGCAACCCACGCCGCAGACGUAGCUCAAGCCCUUCACUGUUUACUGUCCAACCUCAGAUCUAUCGAAUCCUUCAAACCCAAGGAGCUGCUGGCCAGCAUCCUGGCUGCUCUAGCUCACGAUGUUAACCAUCCCGGAGUCAAUCAGAACUUCUUGAUAAAAACUGCCAGUCAUCUCAUGAAAAUCAAUGGGAACACAUCUCUAUUGGAACAACAUCACUCAAAAGUAGCUAAAUCUCUUAUAAAGGAAAGCGGCAUCAUCUCCCAUCUAUCUCUUAAUGACCAGGAUGACAUACUGCGUCUAGUCGACGACAUGAUCAUGGCCACAGACAUGGCUCAGCACCAAAAGUAUGUGAACAACAUGAAGGCCCUAAUGGUGGGUGGAUACGAUCCUGAGAAUGCGGAACAUAGAAAAGUGGUACUGAGACUCGCCAUGAAGUGUUCUGAUUUAUGCAACACCGCCAGACCGUGGUCCACGUGUGUGCAGUGGGGUAAACUAGUUCUGGAGGAGUUCUGGAGACAGGGAGAUGAGGAGAAGAAAAUGAUGUUCGACGUUAUAGAAAUGUUCGAUAGAGACCAGUGCGUUCCUUCUAAAGCUCUCACCGGCUUCAUAGACUACAUCGCCGAACCCUUAUUCACUCUGUGGGCAGACUUCUGCGAUACAUCAUUCACCCGAGACAUUUGCAGGCUAAUAGACAAUAACAGGUCGCACUGGGAAGAGGUCAUCACCCUGCCAGUGUCGGCUGUCAUGGCAACCGGUGUUUAGUGGUCAUGGUAACAGUUUAGGUGAAUUAUCAUAACGACUUGUGCAGAGCACACAGAAUUUGCUAUUUCAUUGGAAUUUAACAAGGAUUGAGACAUGUUGUGUAAGUGUUGCGGAAAGUUGAAAUUCCGCGGAAGAACAAUCCAGUGACGAGAUAGUGUUACUGUUUAGAUGAAUAUGGACAUCUAUAGGUGUGAAUUAAGAGGAGUGUUCAAAUUAGCACAGACGACAAUCAUUUAUUUUUUAUUUGUGUUUGAUUUUCUUCAACAAUUAUGAUUCCCCUUCGAAAAUCCCUGUUUUGAGGAUUUCGUGCUCUCCUUACCUCUUUAGGAAUUUAUGAGCUAAUUUUAUGAGUCCCGCUAAUUUUAUGAGUCCCGUAGCGAGAAUCGAUUAUUUAUCCACAGAAAAUAUGUACCUAAUGAUCAUUCUGAAAACCAUUGAUUACUUAUGUGACCGAUUUUAGACUCACUGAUUUUUAUUGUUGUUAUUUCAAAGAGAGAAAGGAAGUUAUCAUUUCUUGAGCUAAUUCCGUUCGUACACAAUAUAUUAUGCCCGUAAGGUAUUUGCUUGGGUAUUUUAGACGCUCGUACGUUUGAUAAUAAUUCCGCCUGGGUGAUUAAAUUAUCAUGAUUUCGAGAAACUAUUUACGCACUUAUAUUUCAGACAUGACGUAUUAACAAUUUAUUUCUUUAAAUCCUUGUUGAAACCAGGCACACUUUUCUUUAAAUUUUUAACAAUUUCUGUCAUUUUGUAAGUAUUGAUAUUAAAUGUAUCAAAAAUAAACAAUUCAAUUGAUA